AUGGCAUCACCAGUAGUUUCUUUCCUCCUCAUCGGGAUUUGCUGUCUGGCCCUCGUGAACGAGUCGGCUGCUGAAUGCUGCACCUCCUAUGAGGAAGUGACUUUCAGGCUGGAAAAUGGAAGCUGCGGGGAUGUCGGAGGAUCUGGGUACAAUCCCCACAAUUGCAAAAUCACUAUUUGCGCCGAUGGUGUGGCAAAGCUGGGCGCUUAUUGCGGCAAAGGACCGUGCAACAUUUUUGGCUGCAACUGCGAUAACGGAUGUCUGGAAGGCGAUUGGACCCAGAGCUUUCUAGAGAAAAAUAGGAACUACGGAAUCGAAAUCCUCGAGGUUGUCAGGAUCCCAUUUUAA